AUGUCGAGGAAUAGAUACACUCCCGCUGAGAAUAAUGCCAUCCUUGAUUUUGUUGAGAAGAACAAAGACAUGUUGAAGGCUGGAGGUAAUAAGCCGUGGAAGAAGGCGGAAAAUGAGAGAGUGAUGUUGCAAAGCUGGCAAUCGAUAAAGAGCCGGUUUCAACUACUGGCCCCUGGCAAUCUGGGCCCAAAGACUACCCCGAAAAGGCGCAAAAUCGAUGCCACUCAGGCGACACUUCCUUUCGGUACUGGCUCCAGCCCAGGUACAUGCACCUCCUCCACCACUGCUACAGCCACUGCCACUGCAACACACACAAUCACAUCAAAAAUCACUUUCAGAGACAUUGGGUCUCAGAUAAUGGUCACCCUCAUAGACAGUAGCCUACCCAGCUUUCACAAACGGUCACAUCCACAGACAGCCACGUCCACGUGCAACCACCAAAACAACUGGUCGCAGACUGUUAUUCAUUACACUAACAGUGUCUCCACACAGACAUACACAUAUGUGACCACUGCCUCCUCUCACAGUCUUAACCCUUUCAUCACUACGCGCCGGUUUUCCGGCGCAAACAAAAAGUGUCCGUAACGCUACGCGCCGGAAAUCCGGCAAAAUAAACAUGCGGAAAUAUUAGAAUGCAAAUUAGCAAUCUAUGCCAAGAGGGGGGUUUAGCUAUUUCAAUUGGGUUGCCAAUUAAAUUUCCCAGAAUUCUAGCGAAGAAAAACGGCAUGGUUUCACCCAAAGUUUUGAAGUUUUUCGACGCUGCACUCUUUCGAUUCUUUCGCAGCCAUUUUUAAAUGUCUUCGAGCGAAGAGGAGUCAGACUCCUCGAUCGAUGAGUCUGACUUUGAUGAAGAUUUUUCUGACGACAGUGAAGCGGUUUAUCAAGCAAUAUUUGGAUCAGAAGAUUCCGAUGAAGAGGAAGAAUUCGAAGGGUUUCCAUUGCAGUUACCUGCAAAUAUGACCUGGACAAGCACUCAAUUUGAGCAAGAAAUCGAUCCGUUUUCAUUGCAGUGUGGUCCUACGCCUAACGCCCCACAACAACGAUCCGCAUUAGAGUACUUUCAGCUUUUUUUUGACAAUGAAAUCAUCGAGCAGAUCGCUGAAUUUACAAAUAGGAAUGCUGCUAAAAAGGAAGCCGCGGGUUGGAAACAAACAACACCAUCUGAGAUCAAGGCAUUUAUCGCGUGAUGAUAAUUUCAAACGACCUACUUGUUGUUCCCAGAGAUGAGAGGUACUUUUUCUCCAGUGGGGCAAAGAGCGUGUUUCAUACACCCGGAGUGAGAAACAUCUUUCCAUCCCGUAAACGGUAUUUUCAACUAAAGAAGUACAUUUUCUUUGUGGAUCCUGAACACGAAAGAACGGAAGAUGAAACACGAGAUGUACUUUAUAAGAUCCGUACUCUUACUACGAAGAUACGUGAAAAAUGUUUCUCCUUGUACAACUGUCAUGAGAGCAUUUCUGUGGAUGAAGGAAUGGUGCCUUUCAAGGGGCGAUUGAAAAUAAAAGUUAGAAUGCCUGAUAAACCUGUCAAAUAUGGCAUCAAAUUGUUCAUGUUGUGUGACAGUACCAAUGGAUAUUGUAAACAGUUUGAUGUGUAUGUUGGCAAUGAUGAGAGGAAUGUUUGAAACAUUGGAAAGACUGGCAAAGCUGUUUUGAACGUAUUGCGUGGCUUAGAGCAGUCACAUCACCAUGUUUACAUGGAUAACUUUUACACCAGUCCUAUUCUUUUUCUUGCAAUGAAAAACAUGGGUUUAUACGCUAGUGGUACUGCAAGAAAUCGCAAAGGCUAUCCAAUGAAUGAGCUGAAAGCAAUGCCCACAAGAGAGAGAGGCGAAAUUGCUUGGCUUGGCUGGAACAACACUAUGUUGGCAGUUAAGUGGAAAGACAGAAAGGAGAUCUAUACAUUGAGCACGUUACAUUCUCCUCCAGUUCAACAGCCAGCUGUAGGAGUGAAUGACGACAUGAAUAGUGAAGAUGAUGAAGACAACAUUGGUGAUGGUGGCAUCGUCAACAGGAGGGUAAGACAGGGUGGACAGUGGAGGCAGGUGAGAAUAAGGUGUCCUCAGCUUGUUAAAGAUUACAACAAGUUCAUGGGAGGAGUUGAUUUACAUGACCAAAUGACUUGUGUCAGCAAAUCAAAGAGGCAAAUGAGGUGGUACAUGAGGAUGUUCAUAAAGCUUAUUCUAAUGUGCGUCUACAAUGCCUUUGUUAUUGAGGGACAUUACCAGCCACAUCAAAUUCCAGGCCGUAGAAAGAGAGAUCUUCUUAGUUUCAAGGAUGAACUGUGCAUUCAGCUUAUUGGAGAUUUCCCAACAACCCAUGCAAACAGCAACAAACGACGACGAAGCUCUAAUGACUACCCACGGAGAAUGUUUGGAGUUGGGGAACACAUUGUGUGUCGUGGCACUGGCAAUGAUCAUCGGUGCGCUGUUUGUUUAAAGAAACAACAGGAAUUUCUGAGAAGAAACAGAGGAGUAAGCAAGAAAGACUGUCCAUUUAAAGAUAGGAAGACUACUUUCAAGUGUUUGAAGUGCAAUGUUUAUCUAUGCAUUGGAAAGGAGGGCUCCAACUGUUUUUAUGACUAUCAUUCAAAGUUGGAAUACUGGCUGUAGAGUUACAUUUGGCUAAGCUUGAAGAAACUGUUAAUCCAAAAACACAAAAUGGACAUCACUGUUGUCAAUAGGUUUUUUAUUUCUAGAAGUUUUAGAUAAGGGUGAUGCACAUAGUAAAAACUUUUUCAAAUGCAUUUUCAAAUUGCAUUUCAUCUCACAACAGUAUGCGGAAUAUGGUUUUAUGAUGCUUAUGCUGACACAAGAGGUUCCUUUUUACUGCUUUCAUUGAAUUCUUGUUUCUGUUAAGGACCCUUGCAUUUGACAAUACAUAGAAGUUCCCAAGGGGCAAAAUUAUACUGUUUUAUUGUAUUUAACUUUCUUGUGCCUGCAAAAGAAAACUGUAAGUUUGUAAUCCAUAAAAUUAAACAACUUUGAAAUUCUAUAAUUAAUUCAGUAUUGUCCUAAAUAGACUGCAAGUUGCCUUAAAUGAAAGAAAAUUUCCUGACAAUUAAAAUGAUAUAUGGUUUGCUUUAUACCAAAAUGCAUCCUUCAAUGUGAAAAACGCAAUUUUUUCAAUCAUGUCCAUUUUAAGGCACAAGCGCAAAAGUUGCUGGUGUCCUGGACACUUCUUCUUCAGAAUAGCCGGUGGUGGAAGGGUUAACAGUCAUUCCAUUUGGGUCUCAGGGGUUGUAAAUAGAUAG